AGAAGACGACCUUUCUCCUGGUAAGGGCAGGGCAGAUAGCUUGACUUCUCAGAGCAAAAACAUGGCCAUGGCAGGACGUGUGGGGCAGAUGAAGAAUCAGGAUGAAGUUCACCAGAAUCAGAUCUUGCGGGAACUCUUUCUCAAAGAGCUACGGGCACAGAAGCUGUACACGCAGUAUCACGUGAAUCCCCUGCGCAAGGUUCACACAAUUACCAGGAAGCCCAUGUCUUGGCAUGAUAACUUGGAGGAGCCAGAAGAUGCCAAGUUCCUGAACCUCAUUCACCAUGCUGCACAGGGUCCAAAAAAGAAAUAUUCAGAGACACAGACCGAAGCCCAAGAAAUUGGAUGGGACCCAAAUCCCUUGAUCAACCCAGACCGUCAGGACCAUAGGCUGAACCACUUCAGAGUCUACCACGACAUCACUCUGUACAAGGCUAAACUGUGGAGCUUGGGGGAAGACGAUCACCAGAAGUGACAUUCUCUUGGUGGAGUGAACCUGCACACUGAAUUCCCCAGUGUAUGUGUUUCCUAGAGAAAUAAAUGCUACUUCAGUCAAAAUCUA